AUGGCGAGCGAUGUUUAUAACCACCAUCCCUCCCUCGAGCCGUUUCCUCUCUUCAUCGACUCGGCUCCUCCCAACUCUGCCAACUACUUCUCCUCUCCCAUGGCCAUGGCCGCCAUUCAACUCCUCUCGACCUCUGCUUCACCUUCGUCCCACGAGGGCAAGCGUCGUAUCUCUGUGCCGGCCAAGGUCUCCAACUACCUACGGCUCCGCUACUACCAAUAUGAGGUCACCUUCGGUCUGUAUGUCAUGACGCCGAUCGAGAAACUCGUCUUCAACACCGUCGUCCUGGCCGCCUUCGCAUUCCUAGUCUACGCUCUUUGCUGGGGGUUCGAGCCUUUCAUCGUCAACUCUCUGUGCAGAUUCGUCUACUACCUCACCGGAUCUUAUUCCAGCGCACCAGAGUUAUGUGCAAAUUCAGCUUAA